GAGACUAUUUGGAGGGGAGGGGUCUCCAUCCUCCUUCCCGGAAGAGAAGCGGACUUGGAGAAGAGGAGAAAGAGAGCUGCUCUCUGCAUUGAAGUACAUUGCAACAGCUGAGAAAGUCCCAGAAGUGGCCCAGUUUCAGCUUCCUGCUCCUCCGUCCUAUCAACUGGCAACACAAUGGCCUCUGAGACACCCUCUGAACAGUCCCUUCUUAUCAGUGGAGUGGAAAGAGGAUCCAGUCAGCUUCCUCAGGUAGGGAAAGAGCAACGGGAGCAGGCCCUCUUGACCUUUGAGGAGGUGGCUGUGUUUUUCACGGAAGAGGAGUGGGCUCUGCUGGAUCCCGGCCAAAGAGCUCUGCACAAGGAAGUCAUGGAGGAGAAUUAUGAGAUGGUGGCCUCUCUAGGCAAUCAAAAUUUUGAGGGGCCAUCUGUAAAGUACUUCAGUGUGAGUGAACACCUUACCACACAUCUACAAACUAACACAGGGGAGAAACCCUUUAAAUGUAUGGAGUGUGGAAAGAGUUUCAGUGAAAGAGGAAAACUUACUGUACAUCAACGAAUUCACACCGGGGAGAAACCAUUUAGAUGUAUGGAGUGUGGGAAGAGCUUCAGUCAGUGUUCACACCUUACUAUACAUCAACGAACUCACACUGGGGAGAAACCUUUUAAAUGCAUGGAGUGUGGAAAGAGCUUCAGUGAGAGUGGAAAACUUACUGUACAUCAACGAACUCACACAGGGGAGAAACCUUUUAAAUGUAUGGAGUGUGGGAAGAGCUUCAGUGUAAGUGGAAAGCUGACUAUACAUCAACGAACUCACACAGGAGAGAAACCCUUUAAAUGUAUGGAGUGUGGAAAGAGAUUCAGUCAGUGUUCACAGCUUACUAUACAUCAACGAACUCACACAGGGGAGAAACCAUUUAGCUGCAUGGAGUGUGGAAAGAGCUUCAGUGUAAGUGGAAAACUUACUGAACAUCAACAAACUCACACAGGAGAUAAACCAUUUAGAUGUAUGGAGUGUGGAAAGUGCUUCAGUUGUAGUGGGAGCCUUACUGUACACCAAAUAACUCACAAAGGGGAGAAACCAUUUAAAUGUAUGGUGUGUGGAAGGUUCCUCAGUAGUAGGGGAGCACUUAAAAAACAUCACUUAACUCACACAACAGAUAAACCAUUUAAAUGUAUGGAGUGUGGAAAGAGCUUCAGUGAAAGUUCACAAUUUUCCAUACAUCUACGAACUCACACAGGGGAGAAACCCUUUAAAUGUUUGGAGUGUGGAAAGAGCUUCAGUACAAGUUCACAGCUUACUAUACAUCAGCGAACUCACACAGGGGAGAAACCUUUUAAAUGUAUGGAGUGUGGAAAGAGAUUCAUUGAAAGUGGAAAACUUACUGUACACCAACGAAUUCACACAGGGGAGAAACCAUUUAGAUGUGUGGUGUGUGGAAAGAGCCUCAGUAGUAGUGGAGCGCUUACAAAACAUCAACUAAUUCAUGCAGGGGAGAAACCAUUUAAAUGUAUGGAGUGUGGAAAGUGUUUCAGUGAAAGUUCACAACUGAUAAUACAUCUUCAAAUUCACUCAGGAGAUAAACCCUUUAAAUGUAUGGAGUGUGGAAAGAGCUUCAGUCGGAAGGGAGUCCUUAUUGUGCAUCAGCGAACUCAUAUGGGGAAGAAACCAUAUAAAUGUUUGGAGUGUGAGAAGAGCUUCAGUUGUUGUGAAAAUCUUAAUUUACAUCAACGAACUCACACAGGGGAGAAACCCUUUAAAUGCCUGCAUUGUGGAAAGAGCUUCAGUAAUAGUGGAAACCUUACAAGACAUCAACGAACUCACACAGGAGAGAAACCCUUUAAAUGUAUGGAGUGUGGAAAGUGCUUCAGUAAUAGUGGAAACCUUACAAAACAUCAACUAACUCACACAGGGGAGAAACCAUUUAAAUGUAUGGAGUGUGGAAGGAGCUUCAGUGAAAGGGGGAAACUUACUGUACAUCUACGAAUUCACACAGGGGAGAGACCCUUUAAAUGUAUGGAGUGUGGAAAGAGUUUCAGCGAAAGUGGAAAACUUACUGUACAUCAACGAGCUCACACAGGGGAGAAGCCAUUCAGAUGUCUGGUAUGUGGAAAGUGCUUCAGUCGGAAUGGAAUCCUUACGGUACAUCAACAAACUCAUAUACGGGAGAAAUCAUUUAAAUGCAUGGAGUGUGAAAAGAGCUUCACUAAAGGUUCACAACUGAUCAUACACCUACGAACUCACACAGGGGAGAAACCCUUUAAAUGUUUAGAGUGUGAAAAGGGUUUCACUUGUAGAGGAAGCCUUACUGUACAUCAGCGAACACACAGAGGGGAGAAACCAUAUAAAUGUUUGGAGUGUGGAAAGAGUUUCAUUCGAAGUGGGCAUUUUAGAAUACAUCAGCGAACUCACACAGGGGAGAAACCAUUUAAAUGUAUGGAGUGUGGGAAGUGCUUCAUUGAAAGUGGAGCUCUUACAAGACAUCAACGAACACACACAGGGGAGAAACCAUUUAAAUGUAUGGAAUGUGGGAAGAGUUUCAGAGAAAGGGGCAAACUUACUGUACAUCAACAAAUUCACACUGGGGAGAAACUGUUUAAGUGUUUGGAGUGUGGAAAGAGUUUUAGUCAAAAUGGACAUUUUAUAAGACAUCAACAAACUCACACAGGGGAGAAACCAUUUAAAUGUAUGGAGUGUGAGAUGUGCUUCAGUGAGAGUGGAACACUUACAAAACAUCAAGAAGCUCACAGAGAAGAAACCAUGUAAAUUGAGGGAGUGUGGGCAGUGUUUCAGUUAAGGUCAUCUAUAUACUCUCACAGGGGAAAACCUAUUUAGAUGUUUGGAGUGUGUCUAGUGUUUACUUUGUUCUUCACAUCAACAAGCUCAUAUCAAUUGUAAAUGCGUGGAGUGUUGAUGUUCUGGUUUUU